CUCCAGCGGGGUAGAGACAACACCCAAUAGGAAGGUACCGUUGAAGCCCAGGCAGCCAUAACUGAUCAUGGCAACGGGAGUUUACGGGCCUCCCGUCUCCUGUGUGACGUAGUUUUCCCUUCGUCCUAUCCCUCCGUUGCCCUGGCAACAGCUAAGCGGUCUGGGAAGAGAAGCAUCUUUCUUUCACUAGGCUCGAAUAAAAAAUUGUCAAGUCAUUUUGGUGAUACCGGGUUGGAUGCCUAAAGCUGCAAAGGAAAAAGACCAGGAGAACUUUCAGUGCCUAAGGGGACCGAGGAACAAGAACCAACCCUAGUAAAGCAUUCCACCCAGGAAAAACUAUAUCCAGCAAUUCAGAUAUGGCAGAGGUGAAGCCCAUGUUCCGGGAAGUUCUUCCAAAACAAGGGCAGUUGUCUGUGGAAGAUAUAACCACAAUGGUGCUGUGUAAACCCAAACUUUUACCCUUAAAAUCUCUAACUAUGGAAAAACUGGAGAAAAUGCAGCAAGCAGCACAAGAAACAAUUCGCCAACAAGAAAUGACAAAAAAGGACCAACAGCAAAUGACUCGCUGAAUAACUUAGCACUUCUACCUUACUAUUAACAGUAGCUAGAAAAUAAUCCACCUGUACGCUGAAAGUAGUAUGUGUUAAUAAAACUGAUAUUCAUAUAGGUAAUAUAAAAUACCCAAGACUAAUGAAACUUGCAUGGUUUGUAAUGAAUAUAAGCCAUUAACCAAACUAACCCAAAUCUUGUGUUUUUUUUACCCAAGUUUUUAGAACUACCAAUUAAGUUAGUAUUCACCAUUACUAUUGCACAGCUGAUAACAUUCUUAGGCAUAAGUGACUAAAUACAACUUUUAUAUUCAGAGAAUUUUUAAUGUUUAUUAAAAACUGAAUUUAGAGAUACAUUCGAAUCUUGCAUUAAGUGUUCAUGAUGGACUUUUACAUUACCUAAUUUUUAAAACUUUUUAUGAACUUGGUGUGACAUAUCAUGUUUAAGGCUAUUUUGCCUUAGAUCCUACUAGUCAUGACAAAACUCUAUUUCUUAAAAUAGACUUAAGAAACCCUCACAUGAGCUUUUAAUUAUACUGAUUUCAAGGACUUAAUGAAUUACUGGCUACCUUUAUCAUCCAGGUAUCAAAACCCUAGAAAUGGAAAACAACAUGGAUUUAAAAGAGCCCAUGAGAUAAACAUGAAAUUCAAUUUGUAGUGUUAGUCCUAAAAGAGAGUACUGAAACCUGUAAUAAAUAUAUUCCCAAAAAUACCUUUGUAAAUUCUGAAUAUAAUCCUUGGUUUGUUGGCUGCAAUCAAUAAUAGACAAUUUAAAUUAGCAGACCUUAAGGCCUUCCUGCAUAAUUAAGGCUCUGCAACAGAAGUUAGAAAUGUGACUAUUCUUCAGAUAAUUAUUUAUUGGUAACUAUUUUCUCAGACACUGAAUAAAUGCAAAACUUUGAGUCUCUUGAAGAAUAAUAUUUUCAGACAUUAUUUGGUAAUAGAACUUACUAAUGACGAAAAAAGGCCCUGGCUGGUUUGGCUCCGAAGGGUCUCAGGUUCAAUUCCCAGUCAAGGGCAUGUACCUGAGUUGCAAAUUCAAUCCCCGGACCCUACUAGGCCGGGAUGUGUUCAGGAGGCAACCAAUUGAUGUUUCUCUUCUCUUCUCUUUUGCGAAUCCCUUCCUUUUCCCUUCCCUUCAUCCCUUCCACUCUCUCAAAAAAAAUUUAAAAAAAUAAAUGGAAAGAAUAUCCUUGGGUGAGGGUUAACAACAACAAAAAAAGAGAAUGAUGAAAGGUAACAUAUUUUAGAAAUUUCCUUAGGCUACAGAUAAAAACUUUUUUAAAGUGUGCAUGCAUUUCCCAAGUAUAAUAGUAAAAGAAAUUAUUACUAGUGUAUGUUUGAUAUAAAAGUUUGUAAGAAAGUUUAGAUUCACUAGGUUCAAAUGCACUCUCUUAUAUGGUUUUAUUUGCUAUAUGAAUAAAAGUAUUUUUAAAAACCUAAAAUAAAUGUACUCCCAAUAAAGAAUCAACACUGUUUCACAUGUUUUAUUUUGUCAUACAUUCUUCUAGAACCGGGUUCAUUUUUCCAGUUUUGUAGAAAAAUAAAUGUUCCAGCCACCAUUUACUUAACUGUCUAGUCUUUAAGACCAAUCAAUAUGUUCCCUGGAAAGAUGAAUAAGUCUCCUGACUAACUCAUUUUCUCAAAAUUCUUUAAGACAAAGAAAUAACUUUUUUUUUACUCCCAAAGCACAGUAUUUCAACAGCAGCAGCCAAAAUGGGGUUUUAGCAGCUUAACUUUACCCCCUAAAUAAAGCUUUGUAUAAACCAGUGAUUUUACUACAAAAACACUGUCCUUGAAAGAAAGGAAUAGCAAUCUGACAUCAAUGCAAAACUUGGAAUGAUUAGGUCAUAAACAUGGCACUUACAAAAGGUAGCUUAUGAGAACACUCCACUUAAGAAGUGGUUACUUUUCUGUCCCUCCUUUACACCAUCAAAAAAAAAAAAAAAAAAAAAA